AUGGGGCAAUCCAAGCUGUCACCCGUCGGGAGAAAUGCUCGGAGCCUCCGGGGGCAGCGGCGCCAAGGCAAAGGCUCCGAGGUAAGCCCCGCCCACACCGCCGAACGGAGAAGGACGGUCCGCGGCGGGGAGGGAGCCGGGCCACAGGGCCGCCAAGUCUGCAGCCUCGGGCGGAGAAGGCCCCGCGGGCGGGCCGCAGUCCCCGCUCCUUGGGUGGGCCCAGAACCCGAGGCCGCGGGAAUGCCUGCGGGCUGUGGCUCCGACGGCCGGAAGAAGGACUUCCGAAAAGCCUGGAGAGGCGUGCGGGAGGGGCAGGACGUCUGCGCCGGCCCUCCGCCGCCCAGGGCUGUCUGCUCCGCCUGCCGGGACCCCGGAGCGUCGCUCCAAAGGGCUUCCCCGGAAAUGCUCUCCGCGGACAGUGAGGCCGUCCAAGCGCCUCGCGCUUUCCCGGCGGCCGCCCGACGGACGGUUAAAGUUGCUUUGCGUGCAUUUGGAGAAAGCAAAAGCCGGCCCCGGAGGGGCCCUCCCGGCCGGCUCUGGAGCAGCACGUGGAGGGCCCGAGGGGGCCGCCAGCUCCCCGCCGCCCCCCAGGCCUUUCCUUCAGCCCCCUCCAUUUUCCCUCUGGAAUCCGCAAGCCAGAAGCCCCUCGGAGCCGGUCCUAGGGACUCCCCGGGAGUCUCGGCCCCCCCGGGGGCUCCGGACUCACUUGUGCUGUACCAGCCCUGGGCCAAUCGCCGGCCGCUCGCUCCCAGGACGGACCUUUGUUUCCUCGGCCGCCACCCAGCCCAGGCACCGUGGGGGGAGAAGGGCCUACCGGGGCACCUGCACCCUUUCGCGGCCGGGAGAGACCCUGGCAGCGGGGCACGGCGAGGGCCUCCCGAGGGCCUCCCCUCCUCACUUCGGGACGGAGACCCCCAACUCUGCGACGUCUGCCUGGGGGAGCAUCGCCGGGAGGGCCCUCGAGGCCCCCUUCCCGAGGGGGCCGGCCCAGCGCUGGACGGCAAUCCCGAGGGCCCACCAGGCGGAGGACGGCUGAGCUGCAAGCCAGGGCUGGAGGGGGGUCCCGAGGGAGAGCCAGGAGGGAGAGGGCUGCUGCUGCCCCCGGCAGACAGCGCCCGGCGGGGGCCCUUCUUUCUGGGCACAGCGAGGCAGCCGUGGCCCCGAUCUCCGUGCUGGGGAUGGCAGUCCCAGGCGGCCCCGGCACCCCGGGGUGCCCCCGGGCCUUCCUCAACUUGUGCCCAGGGGCCGGCCUUGCUCUCUGCCCUUCUGGAGGCGCCUUUGCAGGGAGGCCCCCAGACCGCGCCUCCCUCCAGCACGGACGCCGACGCCGGGCUCACAGGAGCUGAGCAUCCACCACCCUCCACUCGGCCACUGGCGGUCCAGCGCCAGGCCGAAGCCCCCACCUUCCCGGACAAGGACCGGGUCUCGAGACCCAGGUUCGAAUCCCGGCUCCUGAAGGAUGUCCCUAACGCUAGAGAGGUUUGGCCUGUGGAGGUGGAGUCAGACGUCCGGCCGGCCCACCAUGGCGCGGCGGUUUGCUGCCUUUUCUUGCCCGAGACGUCGUGUGUCCAGGAGCAUCUCGGGGCCCCGCGCCGGCCUCCUCUCCUCGCUCUGCUUUCGCCCACGGUCCAUGCCAAGGCCCGCCUCCCGCCGCCCGCCGCCCGGCCCGCGCAGCGGCUCCCAAGAGGAAGCGGGGCCUGGGGAGGCCGGAAGGGCGAGAGCCGAGGGGGGGCGCUCCUGCCCCGUUCCAGGGCGCCGGCUCUCCGCCCAGCCCGGGGAGGCCCCAACCGCCCUGGCACGCCCCAGCAGGCCCAGCCACACUCGCUGAGCUCCCUGACCCCCACAGCCCCCAAGCCUCGGAGCCCAGCGGGGGCCUAG